AUGGAGUUGGAAAUUGUCUCUGGCUCUGUUCCAAAUCCCAGAUCUGAAACUACUGUUGUUGGAUCUGUAACAGAUGCUCACUCCAACUCUACGGUGAGUCUUACUGUCUUGCCACCCAAGACUAGCUCUCCUUUGCAAACCAACAAAGCUAUCUCACCUACUCACACUUCUACUGCCAACCCGUCCAACCACCACCAUUCAAAUGCGACAGAUACAAAUCGUGUAUCUGCCACUUUACCUCCAAACCCUGUAACCGCUGAACCCAAACCCGCUGAACCCAAACCCGCCUCAACAACUACUCAAUCUGGUACUCAACCCAAUGCACAUUCCUUUCCCACUCUUGUUGAAAAAAUCCGAAGGUUUGAAGAUAAAUCCUUGAAACGACUAGCACCUGCUACCACCUCAGCUACAGAUAGACCAACGGUACUAAUCCCUGAUGAAGUCUUUCAGAAAGGAGCAGCAUUGCACAAGGACUUCAUUGUUUGUAUUUUCAAUGGUCGACCUCCGCCCUACAGUCAAAUCCAAAGUGUGUUAAACCACAUGUGGGGCAAAGGUAUUAGACUGGAAAUACAUAACAACCCGGCCUCUCGCAGUCUCCUAGUUUGCAUCACUAGUGACUACUUGAAGAAAAAAAUAUUGGAAAAAGGCUACUGGUAUGUAGGAUAUUCGAUGUUCCAUACCGAGCAGUGGACAUCAACUCACUCAACUAAAGCUCCUUCUUUCAAGUCGAUCCAGAUAUGGGCUCACUUAACUGGCAUUCCACUGGAUGUUAGGCAUCAGGAUGGGCUCAGUUUGGUAGCAGGUCUUGUUGGUGAACCUAAGGAAACAGAUGAUUUCACAAAAAACCUUGUUAGUCUCUCCCUCUCACAUGCUAAGGUCGAAGUGGAUUUAACCAAGGCCUUACCUGACGUAGUUGAAUUCACUCGGCAAUCAGGGGAGGUUGUUGAAGUCACUGUCUCAUACCCUUGGCUUCCUCCAACCUGUUCUCAUUGCAAGGAGAUGGGUCAUAUAGCCAAAAACUGCCUCCUAAUCCCUUUACCACAAAAAAACCCUCCAAUCAUCCCACCUUCCAAAACUCCAUCCAAGACACCUACCUCCAAAACACCAGCCAAAAUUCCCUCAAAAACACCAUCUGUUCUUUAUUAUCGCCCAAAAACCAUCCCAAUAAAAGUUACUGGAGAUGCAACUGAAGUGAAUUCUCCUGGCUUUACUCCCUUGGCUCCUAUUGCAGACCUACCCUCUCCUUCUCUAAUCGCUCCUCCAUCUACGUUACCCUCUACCUCUUCCUCCCCUGCUGAACCAGACCCAUUUGCAACUAACCAUGCCUCCGACGAGGAUGGUAAAAUAGUCGUUAUUUGGAAAGAUGAUGUCCGUGUCAGGAUACUGCAUCAAUCAAGGCAAACUCUAACCUGUGAAGUCACGCUCCCAACAACCCAUCCCUUCAACUACACGGCAGUUUAUGCCUCAAACUUAAGAAUAGAGAGGAUUCAUCUGUGGGUGGAGCUUCUGGACAUUUGGCAAUCUCACCAGCUACACCUGCAGCCUUGGAUCCUUGGAGGUGACUUCAAUGAGAUUCUUAACCCUUUUGAACACUCCCUCUCAGAAUUGGAAGUCUUUGAUCUUCGCUUCCAAGGACCGCUGUACUCUUGGAGUAACCACUGCCCCGAGAGCCCAAUAGCCAAAAAACUAGACCGUCUGCUUGUAAACUCCAACGUCAUCUCUGCCUUCCCCAACUGUUCUGCGACAUUCCACCCUCCUCUCUUUUCUGAUCAUAGCCCUUGUGUCCUAGACCUAGCUCACCCCUCCCCCUUGGUGGUGCAAGCUCUCAACGAUCCUUCCACUACUACCUUUGAAGAAGAACGAAGAGUGCAUGAGAACUGGCUGUUCUUGAGGGACAUUGAAGAGAGUUACUCCAGGCAGAAAUCGAGGAUCAACUGGCUGUUAGAAGGGGAUCAGAAUACUGCCUAUUUCUUCAGAAUUUUCCAGACUCGGUGCAGCUACAACUCCAUUCGUUCGUUUGUUCUGACGUCAGGAGUUAUCCUCUCGGACCCACACCUGAUGAGCCUUCACGCUAUAUCGUAUUUUCGCAACAUCCUAGGUCCUGAUGUUCUGGUUGAGCCGCAGCUCCACUCCUCUCCAGCUUGGUUUGGGUUGCUCAUAUCUUAUACUCUCCCUUCAGCACUGCUGCCUGCCCUUACUGCCUUGCCGACUUAUGAAGAGAUUACCUCCCUCAUGUUUAAGCUGAACCCAAAUAAGGCUCCUGGCCCCGAUGGUCUAACUUCAGCAUUCUACAAGUCUUCUUGGAGCUUCCUCGGUCAGGAAGUUGUAGAGGCGGUAUUGCAUUUCUUCCGUCACUCCUUCAUGCCGUCUUCCACCAACUCAUCUAUUCUGACCCUAGUCCCAAAAUUUCCUGGAGCAUCCCUUAUCUCUGAGUACCGACCAGUCAGCUGUCUUAAUACCUUGUACAAAGUAGUCGCAAGACUACUAGUCAGGCGUCUUAAGCUCAUCCUCCCUUCCCUGAUUGUUACAAACCAAACAACGUUCGUAAAAGAUAGACUGAUUGUGGAAAACACUACCUUGGCGGGGGAACUUGUGAAUGGAUACCAUAGGAGACAGGGACCGAAAAGAAUCACCAUUAAGGUGGAUAUAGCAAAGGCUUUUGACACAAUCUCCUGGGAGUUUCUCUUCAACUGCCUUCACGGAUUACACCUGCCUCCUCUCCUCAUUGACUGGCUGAACGCAUGCGUGUGUUCCACAAACUUCACUGUAGGGUAUAAUGGGAUGGUUCAUGGAUACUUCAAAGGGAGCCGCGGACUGCGUCAAGGUGACCCACUUUCCCCGUAUUUGUUUGUUAUUGCAAUGAAUGUCCUCUCUGUCAUGCUCAACCGUGCAGCCUCAGAGCUAAAGGUCAAAUAUCACCAGAGAUGUUCCUCUUCAAGACUCACCCAUUUAUGUUUCGCUGAUGACCUUCUGAUCUUCAUUGACGGAUCUAUAGACUCUGUACAGAAUGUCCUCCAGGUGCUAAAGGAAUUUGAGCUUCGUUCUGGUCUUGCGGUUAGUGUACAAAAGAGCUCCUUCUUUGCGUCUGGCCUAUCUCAGCAGGAAAUGGACACCAUCAAAGCUUCAACAGGCAUGCCUAAUGGGAUCCUACCUGUCCGUUAUCUUGGAGUCCCAUUGUGCACAAAGAAGCUCACACUAGCUAACUGCGAGAUCCUAAUACAGCAAGUAAAAGCUAAGUUUAACUCCUGGACGGUCAAGACACUCUCCUUUGCGGGACGGCUACUCUUAAUUAAAACGGUUAUUGCUGGGAUCACAAACUUUUGGUGUUCAAACUUUCUGCUUCUUAUGGCCUGUAUUGCGCGAAUCAACUCUCUAUGUGGCAUGUUCUUAUGGAAGGGAUCUAUUGAAGGGCAUCACACUGCAAAAGUGGGUCAGUGUGGGUGGCUUGGUUCACUUCAGAGGUGCUUCAAGGCAAUGGAGCAACUUGUCGCUUCUGGACAGACCACUGGUCACCCUUUGGAUCAUUGCAAGACUACUUCUUACAAGACAGGGCUUCUAGACAGGGUGCAAACAUUCCUAACAACACUGGUGCUGCACGAAGGGAUGGAGGACGGCUAUGAGUGGAUUGUCAAUGGAGUGAGGUCUAAGAGAUACAAAACUGCACAGAUAUAUUGGGAGAUUAAAGGAGUAGAAGCACAGAAUCUGGUCGGAGAUUUCUCGGAGGUGCUCGACUACGCCCUCCCGAUCAUGGCAGGAUACGGUAACUCAAAUGUUGCUUUAUCAGGGAACAGACUUGCCAAGCGCCUGAUCUUAUUAUGCUGGCAGAAUCCUCAGCUUCCGAUCCUCGUCGCCUUCGCUCUCAUCCUUCCUCAUGCAGAGGUGGCUUACAACGGAGGUGAUAAACACUACGGACCAUUCAUAAGGACCCUUCGACUUUCUGGAAAGCCAACUUCACCAAAUUAUCCAUUUAACUACCUGAUCUUAAUUAUGGGUUUUUGA